AUGACUUCUUCUACGGUCCCUGAGUUUAAGACGACGAACAAUGCGGGCUAUGAUCGGCAUGAAGGCGGGAGUCCACGUACUCCAGAUAGAUUUGUCCCCCGACGGGAUAGCGAUGAGUCUAGCCGGCAGGUGUAUCAGACGACAAAGCCGCUUCAGGAUCUCUCACCAGCCGAGAAACUACUGAGAAGAAAAGGGGUCUCCUUGGCUCAAUUCUCCGCACCUCAACGUCCUCCAGCCCGUGCCUUGGGUAAAGCCCACAUGGCACUGGUUGGCCACCCACUCAGUCAAGAAACCAGACUGGCCAGCCAAGGCAAUGUAUGGAGAGUAGGUGGUCUUGCUCCUACAAUGCCUGAGAUGGACCGCAGCCGCCGCCGCCCACUCUCAAACGGCACAAGCGCUCGUCUCUUUACCAUGUCCGUGGCUACAGCGAAGCCUAGCCGCCGCGAUGACUUUCGCUUUUAUCAUGGCCGCGUUGCGUCUGCACUGAGGAUUGACCGCAUCCGCCGCGUACUGGAGUUUACUCGUGGGGGUCCAAUGAUCCCUAACUUCCCGACUCGGACGAUGCGAUCUCUUCCUGCGGCUCCUUUUAGAGUCCUUGAUGCACCGGAUCUGCGUGAUGAUUUCUACUGUUCUGUUCUGGCGUACUCGCCAAAUAGCCAAAAGCUUGCGGUUGGCCUAGGAAAUAUCCUAUACAUCUGGUCUAAGGGGUCAGGGCCUCGAGCUAUCCAUGGAUCUGCUGCGUCUCAUGUAUGGCUUACAUCCGUUUCAUUUUCGUCAGUUCAAGGAGGAAAGUGUAUUCUGGCUAUAGGACGAUCGGACGGAACCUUGGUGCUCAAGUCCACUUAUGACGCCCUCCCUCGCUUCCAGGUGCAACAACCCUUCCCGGUGUCUUGCGUGAGCUGGAGGCCGAUAACCACCCUGAGGCCUUCCAGAAACCCAUUCAACCCUGGAAUCGCUGUUCAGACCGAGGACUUGGUCAUUAGUGAUGACACUGGCGUGAUAUACUACUACGUGGUAGAGUGGCCAAUGGGCUGGGAGGUUACACGAGAUACCUGGCCGGGGACCAUAUAUCUUAUCGCCAAAGUUUCACUUCACAGCCAGCAAAUAUGCGGCCUGUCUUGGUCGCCCAACGGAAGAUUCUUCGCUUCUGGUGGAAACGAUAACUUGUGCUGUCUCUUUGAUACAGACAGCGUGCUUAUCGAGAAGCAAGAGUCUGCUCAAAACAGCGCACAAUGCGUUCGACCUGCCAGGCCAUCAUCCGUGGCGAUUCGGAGGUUGGGCCCCGGAUCCGAGAAACAUCGCUGGAUACACAAAGCUGCAGUCAAGGCCAUUGCAUUCUGCCCAUGGCGCGAAGGACUGGUUGCAACGGGUGGUGGGUCUAAUAAUAAAUGCAUCCACUUCUUCCAUACAACUUCAGGCUCAGCUUUGGCUACAAUCGCAGUUUCAGCUCAGGUAACGGCCCUCAUAUGGUCGUCGACCAGGCGCGAAAUUGCUGCUACUUUUGGUUAUACAGAGCCCGAACAUCCCUAUCGGAUAGCCGUAUUUAGCUGGCCGGAAUGCAGGCAAGUGGCGGCGAUCCCAUGGGACGGAGAUCUUCGAGCAUUGUAUGCCAUCUCGUAUCCUCGGUGGCCGGCCAAUACGAAGGCCAUGAAGCACGAUCAGAAACUUCGCGAGGGAUGCAUUAUUGUUGCCUCGAGCGACAAGAGUGUCAAAUUCCACGAAAUCUGGGGUAACGAGGGCAAGAUGCCAGGGGGAGGAACAGGGAUGCUAGGAGGCAGCAGCAUUCUCGAAAGUCUUGAGGGUAUUGACAAAGAGGGUGAUGUGAUUCGUUGAUGGCUCUUCAGCGUCUUUCGUGAGAAUUCUAGAUUGCAAGACCAAUAAUCAUACCUAUUUAUAUAGUAGUACAUCCACUCCGGAUGAAAACACACCUAGGUUGUGGAAAAAAAAAAAACCAUAAAAAUAAAAUCCUAUAUAAACAUAUAUGGUGAUUAUCGGUGCCAGAGAUCUAGGAAAUUAGGUGUGCGCC